AUGAAGUUCCGCGAUGGCAUGUGGUUGACGGCUGAGGGGGUGCGGGUCGAGUACGCAGAGGAGGUGUACAACAUCAAAAAGACAGGCCGGGGCCUAAGUCUGCUGUGUCCCACCAAGAAGAUAAAGUCUCGCGGGGACGUCCUCAACCUGAGCACUCUGACCAUUGACGUUGACGCCCAGAGCGAUGGUAUCAUAUCCGUCGAGACCACCCACUGGGAUGGGGCCAUCAACAGGGGACCGCACUUCGAUCUGUAUCCUGGUGGCAAGCCCGAGGUCAAGCCUCAGGUUGUCGAGGGCAGCGAGGGCACAACCUUGACCUCGGGCUCCCUGGCUGCCACCAUCAAGCCGGGGACUUUCGACAUCAGCUUCGAUGCCGCAGACGGCUCCAAGCACCUCACCUCCCUCCUGAACAGGAGCGUUGGUCUUGCAUACAGCCCGGGCCCCACCAACCCCUUGCAGACGGGCGACAUGCGGGACUUCAAGCACUACAUAUUCACCCAGACCUCCCUCUCGGUGGGUGAGUCUGUCCAUGGGCUCGGCGAGAGGUUCGGGCCCUUCAACAAGCUGGGCCAGUCCAUCACGCUGUGGAACUCGGACGGCGGCACGUCCAGCGACCAGGCCUACAAGAACAUCUCCUUCUGGCUGAGCAACCGCGGCUACGGCGUCUUCAUCGACCACGCCGGCAAGGUCGAGCUCGAGGUCGGGAGCGAGCGCUGCGCCCGCGUGCAGGCGAGCAUCCAGGGCCAGAGGCUCAAGUGGUACAUCAUCCACGGCACCACGCCCAAGGAGGUGCUCCGGCGAUACUCGACCCUGACUGGCCGGCCGGGCAGGGUGCCCUCGUGGAGCUUCGGCCUGUGGCUGAGCACGAGCUUCACGACCAGCUACGACGAGGCCACCGUCAACUCGUUCCUCGAGGGCAUGAAGGAGCGCGACAUCACCGUCGACGUCUUCCACUACGACUGCUUCUGGAUGCCCGCCUUCAAGUGGACCGACUUUGUCUUCGACUCGGAGCGCUUCCCAGACCCAAAGGCCCAGAUCGGCCGGCUCAAGGCCUCGGGCCUGGUCAAGAAGGUGUGCGUCUGGAUCAACCCCUACAUCGCCCAGCACGGCGAGGCCUUCCGCGAGGGCGCCGACAAGGGCUACUUCCUCAGGCGCAAGAACGGCGACAUCUGGCAGUGGGACCUGUGGCAGGCCGGCAUGGCCCUCGUCGACUUCACCAACCCCGAGGCCUGCAGGUGGUACGUCGCCUGCCUGAACAAGCUCUUCGACCAGGGCGUCGACGCCAUCAAGACCGACUUUGGCGAGCGCAUCCCCUCGCGCGACGUCGCGUGGCACGACGCCUCGGCGGACCCGGAGAAGAUGCACAACUUCUACGCCUUCCUCUACAACAAGGUCGUCUACGAGGCCCUGCAGGCCCGCUACGGCACCGACCAGGCCGUCCUGUUCGCCCGCUCCGCCUGCGCCGGCACCCAGCGCUUCCCGCUGCAGUGGGGCGGCGACUGCGAGUCGACGCCCGAGGCCAUGGCCGAGUCGGUCCGCGGCGGCCUGGGCCUGGGCCUGGGCGGCUUCUCCUUCUGGAGCGUCGACAUUGGCGGCUUCGAGGGCUACCCCCCGGCCUGGGUGUACAAGCGCUGGGUCGCCUUCGGCCUGCUGUGCAGCCACUCGCGCCUGCACGGGAGCAGCUCCUACCGCGUGCCCUGGACCAUCGACGACGACGACAGGGGCGAGGAGGGCUGCACCAAGACCCUCGCCAGGUGGACCGCCCUCAAGAACAGGCUGAUGCCGUACCUCUACGCCCAGGCCGCUGCCGCCAUCGACGGCGGCCUGCCCCUGAGCCUGCGCGCCAUGUGCCUCGAGUUCCCCGACGACCCGACCUCCUGGUACCUGGACAGGCAGUUCAUGGUCGGCGAGAGCCUGCUGGCCGCGCCCAUCUUUGACGAGAGCGGCGAGGUCGAGUUCUACCUGCCCAGGGGCAAGUGGACGUCCUUCUUCACCAACGAGGUGCGGUCUGGGCCCGGCUGGUUCAGGGAGAAGCAUGGCUUCGGGACACUGCCGUUGUAUGUCCGGGAGAAUUCCAUCCUGCUCCUGGGGAAGCAGGGUGUGAGGGGUGCAGUCUAUGACUACGCCCAAGAUCUGGAAGUCUGCCUGUACGGCGCCGGCGAAGGCACCACGGCCACGUUGUGGGACAGCGAGGGCAAGGAGCUCGGCACGAUAGGAGUGACAGCCGAUGGGAAGUUGAAGGGCGAGGAGAUCCUCAAAGGAAAGCCCAUCGUGAGCAAGGACGGCAGGCAAAUCGACGAGUCUGCGAACGGGGCCAUCAAGUUGCUCACAUAG